GGCGAUGCUACAUUGCUGAUAUAAAUACAACCCGGAAGCUAUAUGUCAAUUGUUACGAUAAAAAACAGAAAAACAAAUGUACAUGUGUGUCUGUAACCGGCGUCAUUUGCACUGAAAGCACAAAGAGAGAUGCAGUGUCUGUCCAUGAUCCCUAAACGGAGCCAGUUGGAAGUCCACUGACACAGGACAGUUCCAACAUUUCAGCCUGCCGGACAUCACCCGGAGAUGUCUCACCACCGGCCGCUAGCCGCCAUCAUCACUACGCUGCUCGGGGCCACGUUUGGUGGUGUGCUCCUAUGGCGAGCGUACCGCGCCAGGAGGAAGAGGCUGCCUUCCAUCCAGAGGGUGGCCGAACCCCUCGCAGGCCCGCUUCCCGCUCGUGCUGAUUUGCCGCCUGCGGACGACAACGAUGGCCGCCGCCCAAUGCAGAAGGAGUUUAAGGCCGCGGAGUGUCAGACAUCACACGUGGCCUCUCCAGUGCGCAUCGCGUUCUCUGAGCGGUCACUGGGGGUGAAACUGGUGUUGGUGAGCUCCCAGGAGGAAUGGCAGCAGCUGUGGCCGCUGAUGCAGAAGGACCUGACGGUGUUCCCCGUGCUGGGCCUCGACUGCGAAUGGGUGACCAUGAAGGGCCGACCCACGGUGGUGUCCCUGCUGCAGAUGGCCACUUAUUCCGGUCUGUGCGUCCUGGUGCGGCUCCUGGCGUUCUACAACCGGCAGCAGUCCUUCCCGCUUGGCUUGAUGGAGGUCCUACGCGACCCGCACGUUCUGAAGGCCGGCGUUGGCUGCUACGAAGACGGCAAGCGGCUGAUGCGCGACUACGGCCUCUCGUUGAGCUGCACGGUAGACCUGCGUCACCUGGCCCUCAGACAAAAGCAGGCGUCCACCAGUAGCGGACUCAGUCUGAAGUCGCUGGCGGCCGACGUGUUGAACGUCUCGCUGGACAAGUCACCGGAGCUGCGAUGCAGCAACUGGGAGGCAGACGAGCUGACACUGGAACAGGUGACCUACGCCGCCAAGGACGCCCAAGUCUCUGUCGCUCUCUUCCUCUGCCUGCUCGGCCUCCAAGCAGAAGCUGGCGGGAGCUCCUACGCCGAGUUGGCGGCUCACUGCCAGGGGCUGCUGGAUGUGCCCUUCAGGGGCGCCGUCGGCAAUGAAGACGACGACGGCGCAGAGAGGAAGUGCCGCACGCGCAACCUGUCCUCGCUCAAGAGCCCGGAGUCGGGAGAUCAGCAAGUCCCAGACCCCAGGAAGAACAACAAGAAGAAGCCGCUGGGCGUGGGCUACUCUGCCAGGAAGUCGCCUCUCUAUGAUAACUGCUUCCUGCACGCCCCUGACGGCCAACCUCUGUGCACAUGUGACAAGAAGAAGGCCAAGUGGUACCUGGACAAAGGAAUAGGAGUGCUGCAGAGUGAAGAUCCCUUUGUGGUGAGGCUUCUCUUUGAGCCUUCCGGACGUCCAGACUCCCAGCAGGACUACUACCUCACGGCCAAGGAGAACCUCUGCGUGGUUUGCGGCAAAGCGGACUCCUACAUCAGGAAGAACAUCGUGCCUCACGAGUACCGGCGCCACUUCCCCAGCGAGAUGAAGGACCACAACUCUCACGACAUCCUGCUGCUGUGCACCAGCUGCCACGCCGCCUCCAACGUCCACGACGGCUUCUUCAAGCAGCAGCUGGCCGACGAGUUUGCCGCCCCGCAGGGCUGCGAGGAGGGCGUGCGCCUCAUGGAGGACCCGGAGCGCCGGCGGGUGCGCUCGGCGGCCCGCGCCCUCCUCACUUCCGCCGAAGGCUUGCCAGAGCUACGACGGAAGGAGCUGCAGGCCAUGAUCAAAAGCUUCUUUGGCGUGAGCUCUGAGCGCGAGCCAACGGGGGAGGAGCUUCAGGCGGCCGCCAGCUUGGAGACGAGGAUCUUCAACGAGGCCUACGUGCCGCACGGACUGAAGGUGGUACGAGCGCACGGCGAGCGCGGCCUGCGGGGGCUGAUGGAGUUGGAGCGGCGCUGGCGGCAGCACUUCCUCAACGCCAUGCGUCCGAAACACCUGCCCCCCCUCUGGUCCGUGCACCACAACCACGGCAAGUUCCUCCGCAAGUACGGAGAGGACGUGCCUGUCAAACUCACCUGAAGACGGGGGGGUCACGUGACCACUGUGAAGUUGUCACCGUGGCGGGGCACGGCGCCGUGGCCAGCGUGGGGGUCGGCACGCUCUUGACCUGCUGGGCACCCCGCCGUGGAGCGCUUUUUAGAACAGCAACCGACUUAUUUAUGGAAAUAUCGAUGUUUUUUUUUUUUAAGAAAAAGCUUCCGCCUGCUCUUAAUCGCGAGGAAAAGCUAACGACGCAUCGCAGGUGAGGCUCACGCUUUGCUUCCGUGGUCGUCCUAAACGUUUUUGUCGCUCCCGCCUGCUUUUCCGUUCCCGACUAUUGUCUGUUUUAAGUCGAUAGAUUUAACAUCUCGUCUUUUGUACGAGUGAAACAUGAGAUGACGCCUCGCAGGGGAGAGCGAUGCUAAUGCUAACUGGCGCCUUUUUUUUCCCUCAAAAGCGCGUCACGCCAUGCUGACGCGCCUCCCAGAGGGCGGGACGUCUCUGAGGUCCAUGUUCUAGUGGGCCUCCUAGUCCCACAUAGCCCCCGACCAGGGGAGGGGCGCCGCAAGGCGGACGAUGCUGCCUCAACGCCACUGCAGGUUAUUUCACGUAGGACGUCCUUCCUAAAUAUCCACACCCCCAAGAACCAAGAAAUGCUAGCUAGCUUGUUAGCACGAUGACACGACCUCGGAGCAGAGAAAUGAAGUCUUUGGACGUUUUGUCCUCCUAAAUUGUGAAUGAAAGAAAAUAAAGUUUGUAUUACAAGAGAAACAAAGACACCACAUUCUGUUUUUUUAUUUCUUACAAAAUCACAGUUUGAUAAAUAGUCUGUAAAAAAAAAAAAAAGUAGAAAAUUGAGAAAAUUGCGAUCAAAUGAGUCUUUGACUUUUAGUUGUGUACAAUCUAGUUCUGCUGGGUUAAGGCCUCUAGCUUUUGGCAUGACAACAAUCCGCCAUCUGGCUGUCCUGG